UUGCACUAUCUAGGGACUAUUUUCAGUUGGCGGUAGAGGCCAUUUUAUCCCAGUGUCGCGUAAACAAAUCGUAUCCAUUUCAAUCACUGGUCAGCGUGCAUCAUCAGCAAUGGCAGACAGAGAGGAUAACGUGUAUCAAGCUAAACUAGCGGAACAGGCAGAAAGAUACGAUGAUAUGGUAGCUGCCAUGAAGAAGGUUGUGGAGUUGAGUAACAAGGAAUUAAGCGUGGAGGAGAGAAACCUUCUGUCAGUGGCAUACAAAAAUGUCAUUGGAGCUCGUAGGGCAUCCUGGAGAAUACUGACUGCUUCAGAGCAACGAUUGGAAGAAAAGAAAGCUGGAGGAAAUGAGAUUGGGCUUAUCAGAAAGUACAGAGCACAGGUGGAAUCGGAACUUCGGAAAAUCUGUGGUGAUGUCAUAGAUCUGCUGAAGAGCAGUUUAAUCAAAGAAGCUACUGAUUCCGAAGAAGAAUCACAAGGGGAAUCACAAGUCUUCUACAGUAAAAUGCAAGGAGAUUACUAUCGCUAUUUGGCUGAGUUUUCCACAGGAGAUGAUCGCAAAAAGUAUUCAGAGGAAGCAUUGGUUGCUUAUGAGCGAGCCAACAAAGUGGCAUUAGGCAAGCUAAAACCAACUCAUCCAAUCAGGCUGGGACUAGCCCUCAACUUCUCUGUCUUCUUUUAUGAGAUCUUGAAUUCACCAGAAAGAGCAUGCAGUCUUGCAAAGGCGGCUUUUGAUGAUGCAAUAGCAGAACUGGACAGUUUGAAUGAAGAUAGCUACAAGGAUUCCACCCUCAUUAUGCAGCUGCUAAGAGAUAACCUCACACUCUGGACAUCAGACAUGGCCCCUGAAGGUGAUGGAGGGGACAAGGAUAAGGAACAGCUCGAGGACAUUGAGGGCCAGGAUCCUGUCAUCUGGGAAAUGGUAGAAAGCAUGAAGAAGGUUGCCGAGAUGGAGCAAGAACUGACGAUCGAGGAGAGGAACCUGCUGUCUGUAGCGUAUAAGAACGUGAUUGGGGCGCGAAGAGCCUCAUGGAGAAUCCUCAGUAGUAUUGAACAGAAAGAGGAAGACAAGAAAGACUCCCAGAAAGUAGAUACCAUCAAGAAAUACAGAGCAGAGAUUGAAAAAGAAUUGAAAGACAUUUGCGAUGAUGUAUUAAUUAUUUUGGAAAAGCAUUUGAUAAGCAAUGCGACCUCUGGGGAAGCGAAAGUUUUCUACUAUAAAAUGAAGGGUGACUACUUUCGGUAUGUUGCUGAAUUUGCCACUGGUAAGGACCGCAAGGACGCUGCAGAGAAUGCUCUGGUUGCAUACAAGGCUGCUAGUGACAUUGCCAUGCAAGAGCUCCAGCCCACACACCCCAUCCGGCUGGGUCUCGCCCUCAACUUCUCCGUGUUUUAUUAUGAGAUCUUGAAUUCACCAGACCGGGCCUGCCGGUUAGCGAAGGCGGCAUUUGAUGAUGCAAUAGCUGAAUUAGAUAGUCUUAGUGAAGAAAGCUAUAAGGAUUCAACGCUUAUAAUGCAGCUGUUGAGAGAUAACCUAACACUCUGGACUUCGGAUAUGGGCCAAGAAGAGGAGGGCGGUCAACAGAAGGAGCAGGUUGAAGAUAUAGAGGGCCAGGACGCCUCAUAGGACCACACAACACCACCACCAGCAUCGUGACAAGUGUCUGCACAACACAUAAAUCCAGUAGGCUCUUCAGAAUUGUCAUCUCAUCUCCUUCGCUCCUUCCCACGUUUGUAGUUUGUAGAGAUUAAUCGAAGUCUAGAGAUGUGGAAGGACUCGGAUCAUCACUUUUAUUGUAAUACGAAUAUCUGAACAAGAAUGGUUUUGUUGACCAGUGUUUUGGGACAGGAAUUUGUUUAGUUUGAAAUGUAGAAUUAUUUUGUUGUCUGUCUUAUAUGUUUGAUACUUUUACUGUAAUAGUCAUUAUUUAUAUCUGAGCAUCAUUCUGCAAAGUAGAUCUAAAUUCUCUGUUAAAUCUUUGCAACAUGCUCAACCGGUCCUUCUCCUGAACACGAUGACUGCUACUGGUACAUCUUAAUUAAGACUUGUUAAGUUUAUGAAUUCAUGAUCUGUAUUUUAAUAUUUCCUCAUUGCAUGCACCUCUUUGAAUUAUUAAUGCUGCUAUUUUGAUAUGGCUUUUAUAAUGCUUUUUACGUAAUAGUUCUGUAGAUGUGGUAACAAAAAAAUCAACAAAGACAAAUACAUGUAGCAGUGGUCGAAAUUAGCACAAGCCUGCAAGCCCUGCAGUGGUAAAAAGUCUUCCGGGCUUGCUCAAAUUCUGAAGUUUAUAGAGCAUGGCUUGUUCAAAAAUAUGAUUCCAUGCAAUAGUAUAAGAAUUCGGGAUUGUUCAUCCAAAAGUCUAAUUUCAAUGACUGUGUAGGUCAUCUUCGUUAUAUAAAACACUUCUUUACCUCCGCUUGUAUUUACUUUGCAGGGUGAUGAACAAAACUUGUUUAGAAAGUGAUUGUUUACUGGCUAAUUUUAUGUUAGAUGUAUACUUGGGAGUUUCAAGACAAUAGAUUAACCUUAUACAGUAUCAACCAAGUGUGUUAGCUGAAUCAUUGAGUAAUUACACUUAAAAUUUACAUGUACUCCAGUCAUUGGCUAAAUACCAGUUGGAAGAUAGACAAUUAUACAUGUAGAUGCUGAGCAUAUCAAUUAAAAUAAGAAACCGAUUUGGGAUAAAUUUAACUUUGACAGUAUUUUUGAACGGAUAGUAAUAUCAGCUAGCUCUGCAUGUUAGUAAUAUUUUCAUUAUUGUGAUAACUUUGAAUGUAUGUAUUCAACUAUGUAAUAGUAUUUGAUAUUGUGUAAGUGCUUGUUUGAUUGAUCUUAUUACAACUUGACUUGGUUUGGCCACUUGAUGUUUUUUUGCACUUUUUCAUACAAUAUUAAGUUUGUUUUCCAUGUUUAAAGUCUAGUUUUGAAGCACUUAUUUUGAAAUAUCGAAUAGCUACCAACCUAAUCAGCACACAGAAAAGGAAAAGGAUGUUCAAGGCUGCUAUUAACACCAUUUAAAGGGUAAACAGAGAACCACCAUUGCAUUUGAAGAUUACAGAAUUACAAUCUUAGUUUAAUACACAGGGUAUGCUAGUGAUGACAUUCGGUGUAGUUUAUAAUUUGUUUAGAUUCAGUUAAACAUGGCCAUGUUUUGUUAACAAACUGUAUGGGCUUAAUCACCAUGUUGUACGAACUUAAUGAAACUGCCCUCUAUUAAUGAGAACACACAUUAUUGUGUUGUUGGUUAGGUCGGUAGCUCUACUUGUGGAAAGUUUCCAGUUCCAAGACUUAGUUUGUAUUGUGGCAUAAAUAUGCAGUUCGUCUUGUUGUCCUCUUAUAACAAUCUUGUAAGUUGAUGUACUCCCAACAUUAUUUGGCUUUUAACGAAUAAACUUGUACUAAA